AUGGAAAUCUAUAUUUCAACACCGAGAAAAACGAGUACGCUUACAAUUAUAAUUUUUACUCUUUUGGGAUUUUUCUUGAGCUCUGCAAUUUAUUCAAAGUACUCAAGAGAUCUUUACAAAACAGUCUGUAACUCUCAGUGGUCAAAAUUGGAAAACGCCUUAAGUAGCAAAAAAUUCGCCUAUCCUUCAAGUCUUUUGGCGCUAGAAACAGACGAUGAAUCCUCCGGUGAUUCAAAUUAUGAGCCGUAUGAGAAUCUAGACUGGGAAAGCGAACAUAGAUUUAAUAAAACCGAAAAAGAUAGUUGGAGAAAUGGGUCAAGCCCUGACGUGCGCUUUGUCGUUGAUGAAAACAACAAGGUACUUUACUGCGAGCUCCCGAAAGUUGGCUGCACAAAUUGGAAGCGAACGAUGCUUCAGCUUAUCCAACCGAAUACCUUCGGAAAACUAGCGUUCGAUGACAUAAAAGGGCCUCACGGUCACUACGGAGAAGAGGGCUACAAAUACAUUACAGAAUGGCCGGCAGAAGAAAGGCUAAAAAUGGUGGAUAGCUUUUACAAAUUUAUUUUUGUCCGUCAUCCGCUUGAACGAAUCUUAUCGGCUUACAGAGUAGACCUUGCUGCAGGAGGAUCGCGAAUCCGGCAUUGGAAGAGAUAUGUUGAUCUUUGUGGCAUUUGCUCAUUUGAUUGGGAUUUCAUCGGAAAGUUAGAAACGGUCAAUGAGGAUUCGCAGUUUGUUCUUGAAGAUAUGAAAGUUAGUCAUCUAGCGGAGUACCCAACGAAGAAUCGGACUACAGAUCACUCGAUGAUCAUCCGAUACUACAAAGGACUCGGUCGACACUGGCUCGAGAAGAUUUACGAAACCUACAAGCCCGAUUUUGACCUCUUCGGAUACGACAUCCCUCAUUAUCUCAUCGACAUUCAAUAG